AUGUAAAAGAAUAGAAAAACUUUUGCUAUUGUUGGUUCAACUUUCGUUGUAGCAGCACUUUGUGGCUUCUUAAUGAUUAACUAAGAAGGCAAUAUUCUUUAAAGCUCUAACUUCCUCAUUGAUCCAAAUACAGAUGAUCUCUAUCUGUUCAAUUAGUUUGCUACAGAAUAUAGCAAGAGCUUUAAGACUCUUCCAGAAUUCAAGGAAGCACUAACAAACUUCAAAGCUCAGAAUGAUGCUAUCAAAAAAUAUAAUGCCAACUCUAAGGACACAAAACUUGGCUUGAAUCAAUUUUCUGACUGGCCAGCUGCUAGAUAUGCCGAGAUAAGCAGAAUCAAAUAAUUUAAAAAGGAAGACUAAAACAAUCAAACUUCUAAUAUCACAAGGAGUAGUGAUCUUGGUAAGAUAGCUGAUGACUUGUCGAAAUAAGAUAAAACAAGUAAUAAUUCAAGAAAACUCUAAGCCAUUCCAGCAAACUUUGAUCACAGAUAAAGAAAUAUUAUUACUUCAGUGAAGAACCAAUUAAACUGCGGCUCAUCUUACGCCUUCGCUGCAAUGGCUUAAGUUGAAAGUUAUUACCUAAUGACCAAUCCGACAAAACAUAAAAACGUCGAUCUCUCAGAAUAAUUCUUAGUCGAUUGCUCAUACGGAUUUAUGGGCAAGAAUUUCGGAUGCAGUGGAGGUACAGUCGCCCACACAUAUAUUUUCAUGACAAGAUACUUCUACCCCAAGGAAUCAGUAUAUCCCUAUAGUGGAAAACUUUAAGCCUGUAACUCUGCAGCCUAAAGUAAAAAUCCCUAUGGAUAUGUUUCUAACGCUAUAAUUAUGACAACCACAAGCUCAGCAGCACUGAUGCAAGUUGUUUACUAAAUGCCCGUAGUUGCAUUAGUUGCUUCUUCAUCAUCUGUUUUCAGAAACUACAAGACUGGCAUUAUCACUUCCUCUCAAUGCACUGGAAAUCUUGAUUUAGCAGUGCUGAUUGUUGGCUGGGGCACAUCUGGCACUGUUAAGUACUGGAUAAUUAAAAAUUAAUGGGGCACAACUUGGGGAGAAAAUGGUUACGCUAAAAUUCAAAUGACAGAUCAGAGAGGAACCUGCGGUAUUAAUCAAGAGCUCUACGUUUCUUACGCAGUUUGA